CUCAGAUCUAUCAUAUUCCCACCUCCGCCACUUCACCCCCGCUCGAUAUGAAAUUCGUUACCGUUACGAUAUACAGUACCAGCAAACAUAGAAUAGAAUCAUAAUAAUAUUAUGGCACCAGUGGUGCCCUACCCCCCGCCUCCAGACAUCGACAAGUACCUCCCCUCGCCUCAGCACACGGGAAAAUUCUUCCUAACUUUAACCUACGCGACAUCUCUGGACUCCCAUCUCUCCAUCCCCCUCACACAAUUUCCUCUCUCAGGCCCGGAGACAAAAUCCCUGACUCACCACCUCCGCACCUUCCACGACGCGAUACUGGUAGGGGUCGGUACCGCCGUGGUAGACGACCCAGGGUUGAAUUCUCGUCUGCCGGGGACGCCGCUGACAAGGCAGCCACGGCCGGUUAUCCUUGAUCCCGCAUUCCGUUGGGGGGUUACGCGGGAGUCGAGGGUAGUGCAGACAGCGAAGAGGGGUGAGGGGCUGGCGCCUUAUGUUUUUGUCCGGAGUGAGGUGGAGAUAGAUGGAGAUGAGAGGAGGGGGAUAUUGGAGGAAGUUGGGGGUAAGGUAGUUGUUAUUGAGACUUUGGGGAAGCGGAGGUGGAGUUGGGAUGUCUUAUCAGAGAAGAUGAGGGCGUUUGGUUUGAAUAGCGUUAUGGUUGAAGGGGGCGGUGGAGUUAUCAACGAUCUGCUCGCUGAGGGAAAUCUACCGCAUGUGGAUUCUGUGAUUGUCACUGUCGCACCUACGUAUCUUGGUCAAGGUGGCGUAAAUGUAUCACCCUCGGCAGUUUUAUCGACAGCAGAUGGGAAGAGAACUUCAGCAGUCAAGUUUAGGGACGUGGAAUGGAGAAUUCUGGGAAGAGAUGCGGUCAUGUUCGCUCAACCAGAUCUUUGA